AUGUCUCAACAGCUGUCGUAUGUAACCGGAGUCGAUACCAGCACAGUUUACCAGAAAUUGGAAUUAUUAGGAGAAGGAUCUUAUGGUAUCGUCUGGAAAGUACUCAACAAGAAUGACGGUAAAAUCUAUGCUCUCAAAUGCGUUCCAGUUGAGAAUGAUAUAACUGAAGUAGAGAAGGAAAUCAAUAUUCUCAAGGCUUGUGACUCGCCAUCAAUUGUAAAGUAUUAUGGAGCCUACAAACAAGAUCAAGAGCUUCAAAUAGCAAUCGAAUAUUGCGGAGGAGGUUCUGUUCAAGACUUGCUCACUGUACUCGGACCUGUUUUGAACGAACAGCAAAUUGCAGCAAUUUGUGCCUCCACACUGAAAGGACUUGUGUAUCUGCAUUCACAAAAGAAGAUCCAUCGUGAUAUCAAAGCAGGAAAUAUUCUUCUCACAGAUGAAGGAGAUGUAAAAUUAGCUGAUUUUGGUGUGAGCGCUCAACUGAACAAUACAAUUUCCAAAAGGCGUACAGUCAUUGGAACACCCUACUGGAUGGCUCCAGAAGUUAUUCAAGAAACUGAAUAUGACGGAACUGCAGAUGUUUGGUCAUUAGGAAUUACUGCCAUUGAAAUGGCGGAAGGAAAACCUCCUCUUCAUGGUAUUCACCCCAUGCGUGCAAUUUUCAUGAUUCCAAACCGACCUCCUCCAACACUUGCAAAUCCUGACAAGUGGUCAGAAGAAUUUAAAGAUUUUCUUGCAUAUUGUCUUGUUAAAGAUCCAGCAGAACGACCAUCAUCCAAAACUCUAUUGAAACACAAAUUUAUUCAAAAGGCUAAAACAACAAAAAUUUUGCAGGAAUUAAUCGAUAAGAUGAAUGAAAUAUUUGCAGAAGCAGGAGGCAGAUUUAAUUAUUUCAAAAAGAGAGCUGAAAAGGAGAAGGAGUCUGACUCUGAAGAUGAUGAGACAGAUUCUUCCUCAGAAGAAGAGUCUGAAGAGGACGGCGAUUCAUAUGACACGCUCGUCCAGCGUAAACCCAAGUUAGCAACAGGAACAACUAAAAUUACUACAAAAAAGAAACAAGAGUCUUCGUCUUCAGAGAGUGAAGGGAGUGACAAUGAAGAUAGUGACGAUGAUUGUGGAACUAUGGUGAAACAUCAACCAAUCAAGAAAGAAAAUAACAACUCUUCGCAAAACAAUUUAAUUCAAAGUGAAGAGAUGGAACAGCUUAAAAAACUUUUCUCGGCUCUAAAUGUAGAUGAACUUAAAAGACAACUCAAAAAUAUGGAUGAAGAAGAACAAAAACAGAUUCAGGAAAUUAAGGAAAUGUUUAAAAAGCGGAGACAAGUUGUGCAGGCCCUAAUAGAUCAAAAAUAA